GACAACAAACGAAUCAGACAUAUUCAAUUGAGACUGAAAGUGACAGUGGUGCAGUGAAAGGAUAAAGCAAGCACUUACAUAAGGAUUACAACAAUACUGUGGAAUAUUUUAUUUAAUACAAAAGCCAAAACAAGCAUCACAAUGAGAUUGAGAAUUGGUUGGUUAUUAGUCUUGGCAGCCACUGCCGCAGUUGCUGCCGCCGAUUCCGACUCCAAUUGGGGUAAUGAGUGGGCGCCCAUGGAUGCAGAUUCGAUGCUGAGCCGUCGCUCAGUGGAUACUAAACCAGCUGAAGAGGUCCAGGGACGCAACUAUGCCGUGCAUGAGAGCACUCAGAGCAAUGCCACCGAGAUUGAUACCGUCAUUGACCAGCUGAUUAACUCCAGACGCGAGGGACGCAAUCUGGGUGAAUACGAUGCCGUCUACGCUGAUGGUAACAUUGAUCAGGCGCUGCAACAGGGCAACGAUCUGCAGGCACGCAAUCUGAUCCGCGAUAAGCUCUGCGGCUUGGGACUAAUGAGCUGCGAUGUGGAAGAGAAACGCCCCUUCUACUCGACCAUCUACGCUCAGGGACCUCCUCCCCCAUCGGCCUUUGGCGGUGGCCCCUAUGGUCCAGCCAAGCCCAUGCCACCCCCAAGCUACUUCAACGGUCGUCCACCCAUGAGCCCACCACCCAACUCCCUGAACUCUUUCGGUCCACCACGCAAGGUUGGCUAUGAAGGCUCCUACAAGCCAAUGAACAGUCUGUACAGACCUGGCGGUCAGUUUGGUGGCGCUUACAUGGAACACCCUCCACCAUCGGCCAUUGAUGGUUCCGACGGUAUUACCUACACCAAGCCUCCACCCGGUGCUCUGAUCUACGACAGCAAACCACCUGGCCCAAUUUACACUGGCGGCUCCAACGGUCCCAUCUUCAACGGUCCUCCCAACGGCGUGCCACCCUACAACUUUGAGAAUUCCGAUAAGCUAGGUGCCAGUUCUUCGCUCAACGGUUUCUACAGCCAGCAAUCUUCUUCGCAAUCAUCAGCUUCCACCGCUUCCAGCACUAAGGUCGUUGUUGGCGCUCCUCUCGAUGCCGGUCUGCAGCAACAUGUCCAUCAUCACUACCAUCAUGUGGAUGGCGGCGAUGCUCCCAAUGUUCCCAGCGUAACCGUUCCCAUUGGCGGCGGUCAAACCAUCAACACUGACUUCAGCGCCCUGGCUCAAUCCUCUGCGACUUAUACACCACAGGCUCAAGCAUCCUCCAACUCGGGAUCUAGCUUUAGCCAGUCGAAUGCAUUCAAUGCUGGUUUCAACGGUGCUUCCCAAGGCGGUCUGCUCUCUCAGGGUUACAAUCCUUCCCAGAAGCCCAACAGUGAGAUUUACAAGCCAAAUGGCGGACUUGGAAACUACGGCGGCAGCUCUAGCUUUUCGCAAUCGAACGGUUUCGGUCAAAAUGGAUUCAGCGGUUCCCCCAGUGGCAGCUAUCACAGCCAGAACCCUGACUACUACAAGAAGGAACUGCAAAGCGGCUCAAGCGGCAGCUACAAUGGUCUCUCCACUGGCUACGGAUCUCAGAGCUCCCAGGGUGGUCUUUACCAAGGCGCCGGUGGCUAUGACACUUCCCGUCAACAGAUCGUCGACUGCCAGUGCGUGCCCAUCUCACAGUGCCCCGCUGCUGAUCGCAUUGGACGCAAAGAGGAUCUGAUUCUGGCCAUCGACCCCAGAAAUCUGGGCAAGGACAUCGAAGCCCUGGGUGAUGAUGCUGCCAAGACCAAUGCCACUACCAAUGCUGCCACCGAAACCAAGGAAGAAGAGAAGAAGGACGAUGACAAGAAGCGUACUCGCCGCCAGGCCGAUGCUGAGAACAAGGAAGAAGACACCGGUGAUCUUUCAUUGGAUGCUCAAGGGCGUCAGUCGCCACUCGGACAAUCCCCGUUGGCACUGCCCGCCCUCCAAGCCAUUGAGCUGAUACAGCGCAAGAUUCUGCCCACAUAUGGCGUCAGCUUCGGUUUGCCCUACCCCUCGGCCGGGCGUCCUGGCGGUUAUCCAUCCAAUGCCCUGGGCGAUUAUUAUCCAGCACAGAAUCCAUACUUUGGUUCCUUAGGGCCAAAUGGUCUCAAUCUUGGCCUGGUUAAUGUCAAUCCACUUGUCUCGCUGCAAGUGAGCAAAACGGAUUAUGGCGAAAAAGUGGUCAAGCCACUGGUCAAUCUGCAUGUGACGCCCAAUGAGAAUAUCAUCCAGAAAGUGGGCGAUUUUUUCAAGAAGAAGCCCACCGAAGUGCACAACACGCAUUAUCACCAUCACGAUCACUUCAGCGGCUUUGAGCAUGAGCACUCUCCUCACUACCAUCACGAUCAUCAUUAUAGCGAGCCACAAGUUUACGAAAGCUUUGGACCAAAGCCCAUUAAUCACUACGAUGUGGAAAUGGUGCACAGUACGCCCAUCUUUGAGUACCACAGUGGUCCCUCAUUCCAACCGGCAGUUCAACAACAUUAUCAUCACUCUGAUCAUCAUGCUGAUCACCAUCACUUUGAGCACCACUCUGAGCAUCAUUCAGAGGGCUUUGAUCCCUCUUAUAACUCCAUAUAUCCCGGUUCAUCUCCCGGUGAUAUUGCACCCAGUGGAUUUGGUAGCUACGGAGAUUACUCACAACAUUAUGAGCGUAGUGUCAAUGUCAGUGAACCCGCAUGGUCGGCUCCAAGUCGUCGUGGCAAGCAACUGAACUUGGGGCAAUUGCAUAAUAUUCCUACGCCGGCUCCCGGUGCGGCAGAGGGCAGUGAUUAUGUCAGUUUUCCAAAUGAUCGUAGACGUCGCAGCGUGGAUAAUGAGAAUGAGUUUGAGUUGAAAGCGGAGCAGCGCGCUUACUAUGGCAACCGUCCUGUAGAGAAAACCUGCCGCAUUAACGAAGUUUGCUGCCGUCGCCCCCUGCGCCCUCAGGCUCCACCCCAACAGCUCGGACGUUGCGGUACAAGGAACGCUGCCGGUAUUACUGGUCGUAUCAAGAACCCCGUCUAUGUUGAUGGCGACAGUGAGUUCGGUGAAUACCCAUGGCACGUGGCUAUUCUGAAGAAGGACCCCAAGGAAUCGAUCUACGCCUGCGGUGGUACCCUCAUCGAUGCCCAGCACAUCAUCUCCGCUGCUCAUUGCAUCAAAUCUCAAAAUGGCUUCGAUCUGCGUGUGCGUUUGGGCGAAUGGGAUGUCAACCACGAUGUGGAAUUCUUCCCCUACAUUGAACGCGAUGUUGUCUCCGUGCACAUUCAUCCCGAGUAUUAUGCCGGUACCCUGGACAACGAUUUGGCCAUCCUGAAGCUCGACCAUCCCGUUGACUUCACCAAGAACCCACACAUCAGCCCCGCCUGUCUGCCCGAUCAGUACUCUGACUUCACUAACGCUCGCUGCUGGACCACCGGAUGGGGCAAGGAUGCUUUCGGCGAACACGGCAAAUACCAGAACAUCCUGAAGGAGGUUGAUGUGCCAAUUCUGUCUCACCACCAGUGCGAAGCCCAGCUGCGCAACACUCGUCUCGGCUACAGCUACAAACUUAAUCCCGGCUUCAUCUGUGCCGGUGGCGAGGAGGGCAAGGAUGCCUGCAAGGGUGAUGGCGGUGGUCCUUUGGUCUGCGAACGCAACGGCGUCUGGAACGUCGUGGGUGUUGUGUCCUGGGGUAUUGGCUGUGGUCAAGUGAAUGUGCCCGGCGUUUACGUCAAGGUUUCGGCCUACUUGCCCUGGAUUCAGCAAAUCACCCAGAGCUACAAAUGAUUAAUCGAAGUCAGCACAGAGGCAAGCACAGUCACUGCAUACCACGCAGUGGGUGCAGCCAUCGACCCCAAUGACGAUGACGAUGCCUCUGAUGAAUUUGUUUUUCACUUUUGAGCAGCCAUUUCCUUAUGUAACUGUCCCGUCACAAUGUCUAUUUUUAAUGUUUUUUAUUAUGUGUAUAUUUAUUCGAUCAUGUUUGUUAGCCCACUCGAAACACCAUCAACGCUGUUGUUACCAUCACGUACUCGUUACCUCUUUAGGCCUUCUUUCUUAUUACCUUGUUACCAUGUUAUUACGUUUAUUGUUAUGACCCACGCAGACUCUUUUGUCACAAAACUCAACAAAGUCACUCAUUAGAUAAGAGACUCACGACAGUCGAGUAGCAGCGAGUAAGGCCCGGAAAGUGCCUUGGCAAUCACUCUAACUAACUUGGGUAUUGCAGUCCAUUCAUGUUCCGAAAACAGAAACCGAAUCGUAAUGUGUAAAAUAGUUGUGUUUAUAUUAAUU